UUUGCUGGGCUGUAAGCAGCAGCAGCAGCAGCAUUAGACAUGAGUUUUUGGGGUCUAAGGGGGUAGGAAUGGCUUAGUCCUUGUAGGGGGUUUUGGUUUUGUGGUUUUUUUUUCUUUUUCUCUUCCUUGCACUGCUCUCCUUUUCAAAGGUCAAAGUAAUUCUUUGGCCUGAGGAAGUCUGUAGGCUUUUUGGUGCUUUCAAGAGCUACACAGGCCACCCUAGAUGGAAACUGAAGAGAGCUCCAGCGUUCCUAAAGCAUUCUGAAACUCUGGGCUGAACUGUGUGGUAGUUUGUAACAGUGUUUAAAGAAAAAUGAAUACUUCCUCAACUUCAGAAAGUGGAUCAUAUUCCACAAACCACCCAAGACCCUUUUUUUAUGCACAGCCAUCAGCUCAACAGCCUUAUCCAAAUCCAUGGUAUCUCAGUCAUGCAUACAGCCCAUACUGUGUACCUGCUCCAGGCUUCCGAAGUGGAAAUCCGUAUUUUCCAUUUUAUUCUGUUGCACUCCAUGAGUACCCUGGAUUUUUUGUUCCACAGCAUCCAGUGCAUGCAAGAAUUAACAGAAGGCCUUAUUUUAAUGCUGCCCCACCUUCCCCUAUGUUUUAUCAUGCAACAAGAUUUAGACAUUAUAAUAGCCCUGGGAAGAAAAUGGAGACAAAAGAAACACAGACUGAUCCUAGACAGCCUGAAAGCAAGCAAAAAAAGCAUCAAGAUAUCCGUACAGAAACGAAAGGUUGUGAUGCAGGAAAUAUAGGCUGUGUUUCUCCUGGUAUAGGUAUAGAGGCUGAAAGUACUUCAGAGAAGCAAGAUUCAUUUGGCUCUUCUGUUGUGGUAGACAGAGAGUUUCAUAACAAGAACCCUGCCAGCUCUACACAGUAUAGAAAUCUUCCUGCUGGAAGCUAUGCCUUUGAGAAGGAAGAAGUGAGGAUUGAAUAUGGAAACGGCUCUCCAGCUAUUCAGCUGUGGAAGUCCUUUAAAGAAACAAUCCCGUUGUAUGAUGUGGCAAGUGGUAAACCAGUUCCAGAGAACAUAGUGCCACAUGACUUAUUUUCUGUUAGCUCAUGUGAAGGCAUGAUAUAUGGCCCUCGUGAAGGGGAGAAUAUGCUGCCAGGAGCUUCCUUAGAUGAGAGAAAAGCUGUUGUCACCUCCAAACUGAGUGCUGAAACUGUGCAAGAGAAAGACGUCCAAAAUAAUGAAGUGAAGCUGGAUGCAGAAAAGCUGGCAAAAUCCCCCCCAGGUGAAACCAUGGCACUGCAAAUCACAGAUUUGGCAAGAUCUGUUGGUGUAGAUCAACCAGUGGUAAUAACUAAGAAAUCUAGCACUAAAAGGUCUGCAGGACCAAAAACUUCUCAAGACGACCCCAGCUUUGUUCAACAAGCAGGACUACUUCCAUCUAAUGUGGAGGUAAUGAGUGACUUUCAGCAGAAAAAGCUGAAUUUAAGCCACAGUGCAACCAAUGAAAGUCAGACAGAAAAAGGUAUUAGGUGUGACAAAUCAAUUGAGAAAUUUACUCCCUCUAGCAGCUGGCUGGCUUGUUUGGACAGUAUGGACACAAAUUAUGAUGUUUGUUUGCCACAAAGGAAGCAUCAAAGUGUAAUCAGUCUGUCUUCUGAUGACAUGUCCUCUAGAGAGGAAGGCUCAUCAAUUGAUAAUGCCCCAGUGUCUUAUUUUGUGCCUGACUAUGUGCUUCAGAAAAGCAUGUAUACCUUUCAGAAAAGUACAGAGGGCUUAGAGAAAGAGCAAAUUAAAAGUGGUGGGUCCCUUAAUGUAGAUGAAGUGGCAGGAAAAGAGCAGGUGAACAGCUUGAAUGACCAAGAUGUCAACUCUUCAAACACAAAGAUCAAAGAGGCUUCCAGUAAAGGUAGAAAGCUGGGAGCCCUUUCUAGGUCCUCUAGUAGGAAAGAAACUGAUUCUCUCAACAAAAAAGCAACUAAGAGUUUGUCAGAAAUUGAGGACUCUGAAGAAUAUUCUGUGAGGGGAGAAGAGGAAGAUGGAGAGGAUGAGUACGAGGAGGAAGAGGAUGAUGACAUGGAUGAAAUUGAGUAUUUUUUUCAAGAAGCCCCUCCAUAUGGCAUCUUGAGGCCAAAUAAAGGAAAUUUCUACCAAGUUGGUGAGAGCGUGCUUUGGAAACCACCUAAGAAUGCUGUACCAGCACAAUUAAUUAGCUGGCCGGCUCAAGAGAAAAUAAGAACUAGGAGUGGGUUUGUUGAAAACAUUGGUGUAGUUUACAAGCCAAAGAAGAGAGAACAAGAUGAAGUUGUAUACAGUGACUAUGGGUACUAUGGAAGAAAGAGGCCUAUGACAAGAAGAGAAGGACUUGAACACCAGCGAAUGCUACGGAAAUUCUUGGGAGGAAGGCUGUUAAGGGAGAACAUGGGGAUUCCACCAGAAGAGUACUGGAUUAGAAGUGGUGCUAAACCCAGAUUUACCAGCCAAAUACAUGGUAGUUUCUCACCUCCAGCAAAGAGCAAAGAACAAGUGUGCCCACCUUUGAUUAAACCAAAGAAGAAAAGAAUGGGCAAGCCACCUUCAAAACGCAGAGGCAUGAGACAUGAAGUGGAAGAAGUAGAAAUGUGGGAGCUGCCUAAACACAGUGUACACAAAGGGCAUGGAACAAGGAAGUCCCUCUCUAAGAAAAGAUAAUUGCAAAUAUUGAGGAAGAAAGGGGGGGGGGUGGGAAAUACCAAAGAUUUGUUUUGUAUAAAACCAAGAUUUGCUUAUUAUCCUCUUGUGUAUUUUGUAAGUUGCUGUUCACUCUAAAAGGGUAAGAAGUGACACUGAAAAGACUGAGGACACAAUUAAAAUGGAAUGAAGUAUUUAACACCAAAGCCACCUUUUUAUAACUAGCACAUCCACUAUUUAAAUAAUAAAUUUCAUAGAAUUGCACUUUGAGACUUCUUGUGUUCCAUCUUUACUUAGCAGCAAAAAAACUUGAGAAGGCCAUGUAUGUGCACAACUAUUAUAGCACAACAGUUAUUGCUGCCCUGUUCUUAAACUGCAGGAUUGUGAAGCCUGUCCAUGUCAUCUCAUAGUCAUAUGAUGUGGAUGUAAGUACAAGAUUCUUUUCUAUCAGCUGGAUUUGUUUUUGUCAAAAUGUAAAGGAAUAUAGUUACAGCUGUAAAAAGUCAAGUGCUGUUUUAAAAUUUCAAGGCAGUUCCUCAGAUCUUACUCUCAUGAUUGAGGACUAAAACUAAAGCAUUGAGUUGAUGUGAUGUUUCCCUCUCCUCCCCUUUUUCUCUGGAGAUUUUUGAGUCCUUUAUGGAGACCCUGAGCUGCAGAGAUGGAUCUGAAAGGUAAAACAGAAAUUUUUAGUGGUGUGCCCUGUUUUCUGACUUCUUACUGAUGACUUCUAUGACUUACAGUUAAUACUGUCCCUGGAAGUCUCUUUAUAGAACUAAGAUGAUAAAACUAUGUCUGUGUAGAGCUGUUUUAUGAAUAAUGAUAACAGACUGAUCUAGAUGAGGUGGAUAGCUCAAAAAUAUUUAAUUUUUCCCCAUGACUAUGAAGGCUAUUAUCACUGUAUGAGAAGAAUAAAUACAAUAUUGCCAGUAUUAAAGGAUUCCCAAAUAAAGUGAAGAAGAUGGGGAAACAAAAAAAAAAACCCCACCAAUCAUCUGGUUUUCCUUAGAAAGGGUGGGGUGAAUGGACAGACAGAACUUGUCUUUUGCUUCCUCUCCCAUGUUCUUUUUCUGUGUCCUAGAGUAACCUACAUGGAUAAAAGUAGCAUUUCCAGUGACUGUGUUCAGGUUUUGUGCCUACCUAUUAUUAGUUUGACCUGCAAAUGAAGUUAAGCUGUUUUCACUCUUAGUGAGGAGUACUGAUGUUUCCCUACCCAAUUGAUCCUUAUCUACUUUUAAUACCACCAGCUUAAUUGUUACAGCUCUGCUAUAGCCUUUACCACAAGCUGUUAGGGGAAAGAAGUAAU